UUAUGACUACAGGGUGGCCAUGGCUUCUUUCACCACCUUCUUUAGCUUAUUCCUCUAUACCAUAACAGUCUUUCUUCUAGGUCAAGGAGCGGGCAAACACCGGUCUGCUUGCCCGACAGAGUUCUCCUGUGGAAGCCUCGGGGCGAUGAAGUAUCCGUUCUCCUCCAAUAUCUCCGGGCACGAGUGUGGGCUGUUAAAGCUGGAAUGUGAUGCAGUUCCAUUACCAAGAAUCCGAAUAGGAAGAAAAUAUUAUUAUGUUUAUGGGAAGCUGGGAGACUACAUCAGGCUAUAUGAUCCCGAGCUUGAACAAAUCGUGUUGAAUCGUCCUAGAUGCAAUUCUUUCGACACGAAUGUUUCCUUCCCGAAUUCCCCUUGGGUAUCAUUUGUCAUCCCCCACAACUUCACUGUGUUCAAAUGCCCAAAAUCUCCCAAUUUAACUCAACAGAUGAAUAUUUUUGGCUAUAGUAAUCAUACCAAGUGUGGAGACUUCAGCCUGUUCUAUAGGCCUCCGGGUGAUGGUGAUCCACUUCCCAAUUUACCAAACCACCAUGGCUUUCCAGCCAAGUGCUCACCUAUUUUUUUGCCAUUUGAGAAAGAAUACAGCACUGAUGACUUGUUUGACAUCAUAAGUGUUACUUUUGUCCUAGAAUGGCUGCUGUCUGAGGAUUGUUCCAACUGUCAAAAAAGAGGUGGCCAAUGUGUUACAACUGCAAAUAACCAAUUUCAUUGUUCCAAAGAAAGAGGAAAUAGUUACUGGAGAACAAUAGUAAUGGCAGCUUUGGGUGGAAUUGCGGUUUUGCUGAGCUUAUUGCUCAUCUUUAUCCUUUGGCGUCGUAAGAAAGAAGAGGAGUCUCCAUAUAUUUUUUCAAGAAAUGCGUCUAGAGACCCCUGCUUAAGUCAUGACCUGGAGAUGGGCGGUCAGAGUUUUGGGGUUCCAGUUUUCUCAUUCAAAGAACUCAAAGAUGCAACAAAGAAUUUCGAUUCCUCUUCAGAAAUUGGAGAUGGGGGUUUUGGAACAGUUUACCAUGGAAAACUACCUGAUGGAAGAGAAGUUGCAGUGAAGCGCCUUCACCAGCACAAUGUCAAGAGAAUGGAGCAAUUCCUGAAUGAAAUCAAGAUUCUCACAGGCCUGAGGCAUGACAAUCUUGUCACCCUCCAUGGCUGCACCUCGAGGUGUAGCCGGGAACUGAUCUUAGUCUAUGAAUACAUUCCCAAUGGAACAGUCGCCGAGCACCUCCACGGCGAAAGGGCCAAGGAAGGAUCCCUCACUUGGCCUAUCCGGAUGAACAUCGCAGUACAAACCGCUAAUGCACUCGCUUACCUCCACGCUUCUGACAUAAUACACCGCGAUGUCAAGACCAACAACAUGCUUCUCGACAACGAUUUCCGUGUUAAAGUCGCAGAUUUCGGGCUGUCAAGGCUAUUCCCAACCGACGUCACUCACAUCUCCACCGCCCCUCAGGGGACCCCGGGAUAUGUUGACCCAGAGUACCACGAGUGCUACCAGCUCACAAAUAAGAGUGACGUUUAUAGCUUUGGGGUCGUCCUGGUCGAGCUGGUAACAUCAAAGCCAGCCGUGGACAUUAGUAGGGAUAAGCACGAGAUCAAUUUGGCCAGCAUCGCAAUGAGCAGGAUACUAAGACGAGCAUACGACGAGCUGAUCGAUCCAUCUCUCGGGUUUUCAACGGAUGCAGGAGUUAAAAGAAUGGCAAUUUCAGUAGCAGAUUUGGCUUUUCAAUGCCUGCAACUUCAGAAGGACAUGAGGCCUACAAUGGAUGAAGUUCUGGAGAAUUUAAAGGAGAUUCAGCGCGAUACAUUCAACCCUGAGGAAGAAGAAGAAGAAGAAGAAGAAGAAGAAGAAGAAGAAGAAGAAGAAGAAAGUGAGAAUGACAGCAAAGUAUCUACACGUGUAAGAGCUCCUCCUUCCCCUGAAACAGAGAACAUGAUUUUGCUGAGGGCUAACAAGCAGCCAAAUUCAACAGAUUCUAUGAGUGAUAGAUGGACAAGUAACUCUAGCACAGCAAGUAAUAACAGAUGAGUUUUCAUUAUUCUUUUAAUUCUCCAUGUAAAUGUAAAGAUCAUUUUUUGAAAGCACAGUUCAUAGCACUUUGUCAACAGUAAUUUUCUGGUAAAUGAGAACAAAGACAAACGAAAAAAUAAAAAAAUAAAAUGUUGUCAUAGCCUAUUUAGUCAAAUGGAUUACUUUGAAGCUUUCCAACCCUGUCUUCUGCUAAUGGGAAUUAAUUAAGGUG